AUGGAGUAUGACCAGUCACUUCUCAGCGUCCCCAUAAACCACAAUAACUUCCCCGCUAAGCUAUGGCGUUUGGCAAACGAUCCCAAAAACAGGUCCGUUGUCUGGAACCAGAGUGGGGACGGAGUGAUCAUCGACCAACAGCGCUUUGAGACCGAACUGCUGUCGCCAGUCAAGCAAGAAGCUGAUGUGUUCAAGACCAACAACUUCACCAGUUUCAUCCGACAGCUCAACCUGUACGGCUUCCGCAAGGUUUUCGACGGACUCUCCAAAGACAAGCACCCCAGCCUGCAUCACUUUCACAACCCCAACUUCAAACUGGGUCGACCAGAACUUCUGGUAAACCUAAAGAGGCUGACCAUCAGUAACAAGGCCAAGAUCCAGGCCGGAGAGAAGGUGACCUGUCGUGCACCGCCCCGAGUCAAUCAACAAUCUGAGCACAACGACAAAAGAGGUUCUGCACACCCAUAUCAAUACCACGGGACAGAAUCCCAUCAGGUGAAAAAGGGAUAUGACCGAACCCCGAUCCCAUCCCGUUCCUGGAACUUUCGUCACAGUGAUGUGCCCCCCUUCUAUGCUGAAAAGGGCAUCCCGGUUUCUGUUAUCCGCCGAUAUCAGCCCGACACUCUGCAUGGGGUUCAACCCAGCACCUCUGCUUACCCCUGCAUUUUACUUGCCAGUGUUUGUUUGAUUUUCUUGCUCUCAGUAGUUUGUCAGUGUUGUACUCCUGGCUAUGUGGACGCAAACAGAGCAGGCGGAGAUCAAGCGUCGCUUUCAUACUCUCAUUAUGGUUAUUACCCGAACUAUUCAAUGAGCUAUCCUCACAACAGCAUCCAAACCCCCGAAUGGGGGGCAAACAACACGCUCGAGUCUAAGAGGAGUGACGUGAACCUCGACAGAGUGUUUCAGAUGGUGGACGAGUUCCAGAGCUUACCGAACGUCCACAUCGUGAAAGUGGGCACCCCUGUGAAAGCCCAGCACAUGCCCGCCUCAUCCGAGCCCUCUCCAUCGACUCUCCACACCUCGCCAGCUGCUUCUAAACCUGAAUCUGCCAGUCUUCAGAGCUCCACGCCCAAUACUGUGACGUCCGGUUCUGUGCCAGGCGUGAAUCCCUCUGGCAGCGUGGGCACUUACUUCAAACUAGAGUCAGAGGAGCACACGAUUGGAGUCAGCCGGUCUGAAGAAGAGUCAACAUCUUUGGAGUCCUCUAAAAAGGCCUCAGAUUCUGCCACUGAACAUCAGAGAUUGACCAAUGAAAACAUCGGAAUCACACAGCAGAGCACGACUCACGGACAUAGAGUCGCUGCAGAUCUUAGGUGA